CUAGGGGCGCAGCGUUAGCUACUUACAGUACUAGUUAAAGCCGACAGAGGAGGUUUAAUGGUCUGUUUCUAUUAGGUAUUUACCAAAUGGUAGUGCUUAUAGAAAUUGAUUUAGCCGGAAACGUUCUCUGGCAAGUUUUCCUUCUACAUCUGUCACUAUCAGCACACAUGGACAGGUAACAAAAAAGAGGAAGCGUCAGCAAACGGUGACGACUCUUAACUUGCAUCUUUGGAAGCUUUGCCAAAUUCCAGCUUGCUAAAGAGGAUAAAUGUCCUCAGAAGACAGAGAAGCCCAAGAGGAUGAACUACUGGCAUUAGCUAGUAUUUAUGAUGAAGAUGAGUUCAGGAGGGCGGAAUCAGCACAAGGUGGUGAAAUUAGGAUCUGCCUCACACUUUCACAGAAUUUUAGAGUAGUGAUGGCUGGUGCUAAUGGACAACUUGAAUACUUUGUUGAUUUUUUGCCACCAGUUGUCCUGAAUUUUGAAUUACCACCAGAUUAUCCAUCGGCUUCUGCUCCUGUUUUCACACUCAGCUGCAAGUGGCUUUCUCAAAUUCAGCUCGGCGCUCUCUGUAAGCAGUUAGAUGAGAUCUGGCAAGAAUGUCAAGGAUGUGUUGUUCUAUUUUCUUGGAUGCAGUUUCUCAAGGAAGAGACCUUGUCUUUUUUGAAAAUCAAGUCUCCUUUAGAAUUGAAGAACACUGUUAUAAGAAGAUGUGACCAGAAGUGUUUGACUUUGAAGAAUGAUGAACAUGGCUCCAAAUUUGAAAAAGAUGUUAAUUACGAUCCAAGAGCAAUACAGGAUGUGGAAUCUUGGGUAGAUGUGCUACCAGUGAUACUGGAUUUUGACCAACAACAGAAACAGAAAUGCUUUGAUAGUAAAGUGUAUUUGUGCAAUAUCUGUUUUUUGGAAAAACUUGGAAGUGACUGUCUUUACUUUACGGAUUGUAAACAUGUAUACUGCAGAGCCUGUCUGAAGGAGUAUUUUGAAAUUCAGAUUAGGGAAGGCAGUGUUCAGUGCCUAAACUGUCCAGAGCCAAAGUGCCCUUCUGUUGCUACGCCUGCUCAGGUGAAAAAACUAGUUGGAGAGGAUUUGUUUGCUCGCUAUGAUCGUCUACUACUCCAGUCAAGCCUUGACUUGAUGGCAGAUGUUGUAUAUUGCCCACGUCCAAGCUGCCAGACUGCAGUAAUGCAAGAACCAGGCUGCACCAUGGGUGUCUGUAGCUGCUGCUUGUAUGCCUUUUGUACUGUCUGUAAAUUGGCUUAUCAUGGUGUUGCUCCCUGUAGGGUCACUGCAGCAAAAAUUCAAGAUCUGUGUACUGAUUACCUAAAAGCAGAUGAAGAAACAAAAAAGUUUCUGGAACAAAGGUAUGGAAAGGCAGUAAUACAAAAAGCAUUAGACGAGCUGGAGAGUGAAGACUGGCUAGCAAAGAACACCAAACCCUGCCCUGCUUGUGGUACUCAUAUUCAGAAACAAGAUGGAUGCAACAAAAUGACUUGCACUAGCUGUCGACAGUACUUCUGCUGGCUAUGCAUGGGUUGCCUCUCUAAAGUAAAUCCAUACCAACACUUCAGUAAUCCUUCCUCCAAAUGUUUUAACCGAUUGUUCCCAACUUUGGAUGAUGAUGAUGAAGAUGAUGACGAAGACUAAAAUGCUGGGAAAAAUUAUAGGACUUUUUAAAUUGAUUUGGCACAUAUUAAAACCUAUGAAGAAAGAAUACCUUAUGUGAACCUUUAAAAUAAAUAUUACCCAAGGA